AAAGAAAAUGAACUUGAAAAAAAACGCCAACUGCAGCAACUAGUUUGUGUGAUUUCUGAAAGAAGUGAACCGCUAAUAAAAACGUACAAUAACUCUUUUCAUCAUGUCUCAACGAACUCUUCCUUUGCUCAUCAUAAACCUCGGAGGAGAAAUGAUCUACAUUCUGGAUCAGCGUCUCAGAGCGCAGGAUGAAAACGAUGAUAAAACUCAGAGAGGUCGCUGGACAGAUGCUGACAGGAAAAGAGUUAUGAAUGAUAUAGUGGGCACUAUGUUUAAUAAGGCUUUUCUAGAGGAGCUCUUGAGGCCGCAGGAUCUGUACUCCCACCGAGCCCUGCGGACAGUUUUGACACGGAUAGCACACGCCUCUAUUAUGCGUCUAAACCUGGCCAGCAUGGAUAAGCUGUACGAUUUGAUGACUAUGGCCUUUAAGUAUCAGAUCGCUCUGUGUCCACGUCCACAAGAUUUACUGCUCAUCACCUUCAACCACAUGGACACCAUCAAGGAACUGGUUAAGGAUAAUCCCAGCCUCGUUAACCAGAUCAACGAAGCUCAGAGGCAGCUUAUUGAGGUAUACACACCCAUAUCUGAUGGUGAGUUUCAACUGAUCCGACAUACUCUGCUGGUUCUCUUUCAAGAUAUGCAAAUCAGGGUCUCGAUUUUCUUGAAAGAAAAUAUCCAGAACCCAAAUGGCCAUUUUGUGCUGCAGACCUCAGGGCCAGUGCCUUACGGAUUUGAGGUUCCUGGUUUAAUCAGGUGGUUUAAUGCUAAAGGCAGAGAGGUGAGGAGGACAAGGUUUCCUAGUGGGGGAAGCUACGUAAGUGCUGUACGCCAGGGUUCAUUUGACCUCUCUGGAGACAGGGUCACACUUUUGGGCACUAACAUGUACAGCACACCCUCACCUGAAGAAAUGGAUCCAUCAACCACCUCUAAAAGCCAAAGGAAAGCAAAGCAGGCAGACACAAUGCCCAAUCCUCUGGCCAAAGAGGAACUCAACCUGCUCGCUAAACUGAUGGGUGGAAUGGAAGUGCAGAAACUCUCGAAUGUGGACGCUGCUUUCAAAGUGAACCUGUUAGCCUUAGAUCAGGAGGAGGAGGGCAUUGGAAUUUCAGAAGGAACGGAGCAUCAGUCAUCUAGAGUCAUCAACAUACAAGCCACACAGGAUCAGCUGGCCAGUACUGAGUUGGCACGCAUAGCAGGAGAAUUUGAUGAAGGGGGAAUCCCAACAGAGGGACUGGGAAACAAGGGGGAUGACUUGCUGGCCAUGAUGGAUGAGCUCUAAAGUGCAGUUUGGAGUCACAUCAUCUUGAGGAUCAUAUUUCCAUUAUUGCAUCAGAUUUCCUUCAAUAGCUACAAAUGUUUUUCCAUAAAUUCAGACAUUCAUUUUAUAUAUUCAUACAUUUAUUCCAUAUAUUCAGUCUUUUAUUCUGUAUAUUCAGACUUUGAUUCUAUAUAUAUUCUGACUUUCAUUCCAUAUAUUCAGACAUUCAUUUUAUAUAUUCAGACUUUCAUUCCAAAUAUUCUGACUUUCAUU